CAACUAUCAGUCAGCUUCGUUCUGCUUCUUUCCUUCCUUAAUUUCUGUGUCUUCGAUUCACUUCCUCGUCUGGAUCCUUCGAGAAAUCGAGAUGUCCUGCUUGGCGUCGUGCUGCGCAUCGUUGACGUGCGGUUUGUGCUCAUCGGUGGCAUCUGGGAUUUCCAAGAAAUCGGCGAGGCUCGCUUACUGUGGCCUCUUUGGUCUCUCCCUCAUUGUCUCUUGGAUUCUCAGAGAAGUCGCGGCCCCUCUCUUGGAGAAACUCCCAUGGAUAAAUACUUCUACUCACACAGAGGAAUGGUUCAAAGAGCAAGCAGUACUUCGUGUAAGCUUGGGGAAUUUCUUGUUUUUUGCAAUACUUGCACUUAUAAUGAUUGGUGUUAAGGACCAAAAUGACCGACGCGAUUCAUGGCAUCAUGGUGGAUGGAUUGCAAAGAUGGUGAUCUGGCUUUUGCUUGUCAUCCUUAUGUUCUUCCUUCCAAAUGUUGUCAUCUCAAUUUAUGGGACUUUAUCAAAAUUUGGUGCUGGGCUAUUUUUAUUGGUUCAAGUGAUUAUAUUACUAGACUUUGUACAUUCAUGGAAUGAUGCAUGGGUUGAAAAAGAUGAACAGAAAUGGUAUAUUGCCCUACUUGUUAUAUCAGUCAUUUGUUACAUUGCGGCAUAUGUAUUCUCCGGAAUUCUCUUCAUGUGGUUCAAUCCUUCUGGUCACGACUGCGGCCUCAAUGUGUUCUUUAUUGUCAUGACAAUGGUUCUUGCAUUUGCUUUUGCAAUUAUAGCAUUGCACCCUGCGGUAAACGGCAGUCUUUUGCCCGCUGCUGUGAUAUCAAUUUACUGUGCCUAUGUGUGCUACACUGGUCUCUCCAGUGAACCUCGGAACUAUUCAUGCAAUGGUCUUAAAAAAUCCAAAGCAAGUUCUAUCAGUACUCUUGUUCUUGGGAUGCUCACAACAGUUCUGUCAGUUCUUUAUUCAGCUCUUCGUGCUGGAUCAUCAACCACAUUUUUAUCGCCACCAUCUUCGCCGAAAGCAGCUGGAAAUAAGAAACCACUUCUUGAGAAAGAGAAGGAAGAUGUCGAAGAAGGUAAGGAAACUAAGAAGGAAGAAGAAGCACGGCCAGUUAGUUAUUCUUAUUCAUUCUUCCACUUGAUCUUUGCCUUGGCAAGCAUGUACUCUGGCAUGCUUCUGACCAGCUGGACCAGCUCAUCUGAGAGCUCAGACUCCAUAGAUGUUGGUUGGACAUCAGUUUGGGUCCGGAUCUGCACCGAGUGGGCCACUGCUGCACUCUACAUUUGGACCCUUGUCGCCCCUUUGAUUUUCCCAGACCGUGAGUUCUUUUAGGUUUCAUGUCAAUAGUAGCAUUUCAGUAAAUAAAUAGCCAAAAAAAAAAAAAAAAGGUGUAUGCGGUUAAAUUAUUUGGUAAACCCCCAUGUCCAUCCCUUUUUCUCAUCUUUCUCAGGCAGUUAUGGUUAAGGGAGCGUGUUAGAUCAUCACGGAUGUUGUUUUUUGUAACCUUAAACCAUAAAACUACACAUGAUGAUGCAUCUAAAAUUUCUGGCUGAACAACACUUGUUCAUGUCCAUGCCAUGUGCCGUGUUGUGUUUUCGAGGUACAAAGUAACAUUCUCAUACAGAAUAUGAUGCAGAAAUUGGGAAAAGUGGAAUGUUGAAAUUGAUAUUUUUGCAUCCAUCUUCUCCCCCAUUAUAGAAUGAAUUAUAUUCAUUUCA